AUGUCCAGCCACACCGGGGUAAAGCACUCUCUGCGCUUUGGUCAAGUUGUCAUCGGACCACCAGGCUCAGGAAAAACCACCUACUGUCAUGGUAUGCAGGAGUUCCUCACCAACCUGGGACGCAAGGUGGUUGUGGUGAACAUGGACCCUGCCAAUGAAGGACUGCCGUACUCCUGCGGUGUUGAUGUCUCAGAGCUGGUUACCCUGGAUGAUGUCAUGGAUGGCUUGAAGCUUGGACCCAAUGGGGGUCUCCUGUACUGCAUGGAGUAUAUUGAGGCAAAUCUCGACUGGUUAGAGAACAAGCUGAAGCAACACAGUGACUGUUACUUUCUGUUCGACUGUCCUGGACAAGUGGAGCUGUACACACAUCAGAGUUCAGUCAAGAACAUUUUUUCUCAGCUGGCCAAAUGGAGUUUUAGGGUGAGUUUCUUUAUGAUGCUCUAUGUGCAUUAUGAUAAAUUACUUCAUCUUCAGGCUACUUUUUUCAUCUGAUAACUCUCUGUCCUUCUCUCUCUGUUAUUUAAGCUGACAGCCGUGCACCUUGUGGACUCUCAUUACUGUGCAGACCCAGCCAAGUUUAUAUCUGUGCUGUGUACGUCCCUGUCCACCAUGCUGCAUGUGGAGCUCCCUCAUGUUAAUGUCCUCUCCAAGAUGGACUUGAUCGAGCAGUAUGGCAAACUGGGUAAGCAAAAGAUGAUGUGCUUUUCUCGACAAAUGAAAUGUUACCACUAUGCACACACAAGGUCAGAAACUAACAUAUUUAAGUGUAUUCCUCAGGCAAUUACCUGAUAAAGUGUGAAUAAGCCUUUAAUUUCACAUGUUCUUGUUUGUCCUGUUUGUAUUCUCGUACAGCGUUCAACAUUGACUUCUACACUGAGGUAAUGGACCUGACCUAUCUGCUAGAUCAUCUGGCUGCAGACCCCUUCUUUAAGAAAUUUCACCAUCUGAAUGAAAAGUUGGCUGAAGUCAUUCAGGAUUACAGCCUCGUCUCUUUUGUGCCUCUAAAUGUUCAGGUAUCACUGUUGACUGUAUUUCCACAUUCUUGUUAUGAAUUGCUAAGAAACAACAUUUAUUGAUUCAACAUGUUUUACACUGUUAGAAGUGCAUAAUAGCUGAUAAGAAGUAAUCUUGCAACAAUGGGAUCAAAGGGGAUUUCCUUUUUUUUCCUCCCUUUCAAAAAGGGUCUUUAUGGGUUAAGGCAAAACCUCCCACAAUCCCCUUAUAAAGGGGGAGUUAAAUAGAGCAUGGCUGUUUCUAACCUUGUUAUGUAAGCGAUGUGGUAAACCAUUGUAGUUUUCAGGAAUUUAAUGUGACAUGGAUGACUUACUCAAGAUUUUUCGAUAAGUUUUUGCCCCAUUCUGAUAUACCUGAACUUAUAUUUACAAAAGUUCAUUUUAUAAAAACUCAAUAUGAUUGUCUAAAUGUUUAUAUGUAUGUACAGCUAUUUGAUCAACCCUGUAUAGUGAUACUACUGCCACUGCUUUUAACACGUUUUAGAGCUAAGAUUGUUCAGUUUCAAGUACAGCAACCACUGGUUUACACUCUGCUAUGACUGUUUUUGUUAUCACAUGAUAAACUGUCUGAAUUUGAUUUGUCUUUGUUGAAGCAGAACAGAAGUUGCCGGUGGCAGACAUAAUCAAUCAAUGGUGGUAGUACAGUACAACAUACUGAGUGGGCUGCUGUUGUGGGAUGGCAAAGGAGAAAUGAUUUCUAGUUGAAACAGUUUUCAUAUUUUCACAGCUGAUAGAUUAUGGAAAUAACUUGGCUGUUAUCACUGAAGUAUCAAAUGUGUUCUGACUCAGUUUCAGUUUUAAAACAGACUCAACAAAUAACAAUCUCAUUUGUUAUAUUUUUUCUAUGUUUUGGGUGAAAUUAAUUAAAAACUGCUCAAAUUUUACCCAGCUGUUGUAUUUGAGCAGCUCAGCUCAUGUUAUGUUCAGUGGUAUAAUAAGGGUUCAGCGGUGCAAUCAAAAUUUCUAAAAGUCACUUGCUUCGUAUUUCAUCUCCUCAGAAAGUAAAUCAUCAAUCAUUUUUAACAUUUGAAAUUAAAGACUGGAUCGAUUUUACCCAGAUUGAUUCAACUGCUAAGAGGGAGUAGGCUGUCUGCACUCUGUAUUCAUCUCCGGACAUUAUUUCUACAUGGAGACUGAUAAGACUGUGUGGGUAUUUGGCGACAUGAGUCUAGACUGCUGUGCCAUCAUGACUUAUUGUGCUAGUAAUUCAUACAUAUGGUAAGUUGGUGCUACGGCUUUAAACUCAUCUCGGAGUUUUGUGCCAAUAGCUGCGGUGAUACUUGAGGGUGAUUUUUAAAAAUUGCCUCUUAGAGUAUGAAGGACACUAAACUCUGAACAUCAAGUCUGGAGAUUUCAAGCCUGGGACGAAGUCUGAUCGUAUUUUCACGCUCACUUAUAUCCCAUUCACAAAUAUAAAUGUCUUUCAACCACACAUUGAGGAAUUUAGUGGGAGUCUUUUUUUUUUUAAUAAGUUGCUAUCAGGUUACUUAAGCGUAUUUCUACAGGAUAAAACCUAAAUGUUUCUCUCCUCUGUUACCAGGACAGGGAGAGUAUGAUUCAGGUCCUGCAAGCAGUGGACAAAGCUAAUGGCUACUGCUUUGGAGACCUGGAGGAAAGGAAUCUGCAAGCCAUGAUGUCAGCUGCUGUGGGGGCAGACUUCCAGUUCAACUUGUAUCCUUACCUACUCACUGUGGUGACUCAUGGUGACUCAUCUGGUUUAAAAUCAAACCUUGAGAACUAUGGGAGAACGCUGAGAAACUGAGAACUCUAGUGUUUAUAAUGACUGGAUAAGUAAUAGUUAAAGUAUCAGAGCUGUAUAAUAUAUGUCUCCAAUGCCUUUAUUUGUGUUUUCCUUAACAGUACUCUCAGGGUGCAGGAGCGGUAUGUAGAAACCAGUGGAAAGACCGUGGAGGAAGAAAUGAUGGACCUGUAA